CGCGGCAGCAACCAUGUGGAAAUAACACCGUAAGGUCGCGGCGCAUAGGAAGGGCAUCAAGCAUGUGAAACUCAGUCCACUUGAACUUUUCAGAGCUCCAUGAACAUCAAUCGCCCCAAGCGAGGCAAAGGCUUAACCAUGGGCAACUUCUUCGGUGCGUUCGGCUCGCCAAUCCGUACGUCAUACAUGGAUCAAGCAGCCGCGAACGGGGCCGACCAGCACAACAUCAGCCCACUGGAGAAACUACCCGACGCCCAACUAGCGUCGGACGAAAUCAACCCAACGGAGGUCAACAAGGCUGACGAGCCUGCCGUCGUCAACGGUCAAGACGACGACGCUGACAUUGCCGACGACAUUGCCACCAUUCGCAUCGAUCGCACCCGCGCGGCGCGACCUGCACCCGUCCAACAAAGAGAUGAGUUGUUUCGCACCGAGCAAGCUGCCGAGAAGGUGCCUCAGAUCCAGCUGGACGUGGCAAAGAAGGCCAAGAUCCCGUUGUUCCUCAAAUCGCCAUUCUACGCCGCUGCUCACGUUGCUGUGCCAGUUGCUGCACCAGUUCCAGUGCCAGUGCGCGCGUCCAACACGCAGCCGCCAGUGCCCGUGGGCCGAGCUACAUUGUCACGACUCAUCAACUUUGCAGACGUGACGUUGGGGCGGGUGAUUGGCGAAGGCGCGUUCGGCAAAGUGCACGAAGGCAAGUGGCGGGAUCGCCCCGUGGCCGUCAAGUUGCUCAUUUGCCAGGAGCUGCGAGCCGAUAUUUUGGAAGAGUUUCAGUCCGAAGUCGAAAUCAUGAGUGUGUUGCGGCAUCCCAACAUUUGCCGCUUACUCGGCGCGUGCAUGGACCCACCGAACCGGUGUUUAGUGGUGGAACUGAUGCCCCGAGGCUCCCUCUGGGGCGUCUUGCGCACCAGCCGGUCGAUUGACCAAGGCAUGCGCAUUGGUUUUAUCAACGACACGGCCAAAGGCAUGAGUUACUUGCACAAUUUCCAGCCCCCGAUUCUGCACCGCGACCUCAAGAGCCCCAACUUGUUGGUGGAUCGCCACUACUCGAUCAAGAUCUCGGACUUUGGGCUGUCCCGCGUCAAAGCGCAUGUCCAGACCAUGACAGGCAACUGCGGCACGGUCCAGUGGAUGGCGUACGACUGUUAUGACAUGCAUUUGUCGAAUGACCAACAUUCUGUAGACCCGAGGUGCUGGGGAACCAAAAGUACACGGAAAAGGCCGAUGUGUUCUCGUUCGGGAUUGUCAUCUGGGAAUGCGUGACGGGCGAGUGCCCGUACGACGGCAUGACGCAGAUCCAAGCGGCGCUGGGGGUGCUCAACCGCAACCUCCGCCCAGUGGUGCCCAAGACGUGCCCCCCCUUCCUCGCGCAGCUCAUGAAGGCGUGCUGGGCGAGACAGCCCGAGCUCCGCCCAUCGUUCCUUCAAAUCGUCAGCGCUUUGCGCAACUACAGCAUUCGGAAAAGCAUGGGCGAACAACAUAAGCAAUAACGAAUAAUAUCACAACGACUACAUGUGUAUCUACUAGCAUUAGUGGUGGUUAGCGCGGUGGUAUACACAUCACGUGUGGGUUCGCCGUGAUAUGGCGGGUCGGUGUGUGCUCUCAACCUCAUGAUCAUGGGGCCUACAAGUUGAAAGGCAAGUGGUUGCCGGGAAUGAACCCGCGGUGGCAUCCAUCUUCGUUGAUCGUGACGGUACGAAUGACCCCGCCGGAGCUGCCGUCGCGGGCCAUCGCGUGGGACAGCGCCUUCUGCACAAACGCUUCUGCUUCUUCGCGACUCAUGCCUGCUCGCCAAUGGCUGUCGAUGAAACCGUAGAUAUACGUGGAGCCCGACCCGCCGAUAGCAAAGUCUUGUUCCACCAGCGCCCCACCGAUCGGAAUCGAGUACACUUGUCCGCCCUUCACCUUGUCGUAGCCGGCCACGAUGAUCCCCGCCAUCAAUCGGUCCUUGUUCUCGUAGCAAAGCUUGCGGAACAAGUUCGCGGCCGUGUGCACCUUGGGUAACGCGUCCCCUUCCAACUCAUCCGCGUGGGACGCAACGAAGUAGCGGACAUAGUCGGAGAGGGCCUGCGUGUCGGCCGCACUGCCCGAUCGGCAGCAGUAGAUGCGGUCGUGAAUGCUCGUGAGUUUGUCCGACACGCGGUUUGCUACGUACGUCCCGGUCGACGUACGACUGUCCGCGCCGAGCACGACGCCAUCCUUGUACUUGACUGCAAUGAUGGUUGUGCCGGAGCUCACUUCCCCUGCCUUCAGGUUGUACCCGCUGCUCUCGUCUCGCUCGGUCUCGUUGGUGUAUCCACGGGCGAGGUUCAUGAUUCGUGUUGGAUCUAAUUUCUUUCCUGUGCUUCUUCUGGGGUGCUGAUGCACUACCUCUGAA